AUGGCACUCAUUCUGGGGCUGCUCAGGCGCACGCACCUGCUGUCGAGGCACGCCCUCUCGGCUUCCGGAUGGCUCGGAUCGGUGCAGCCGCUCUGCCGCGGGAUGCGGCGGUGCCGGGGGUUGGUGUUGGGAAUUGUCGGUAGAUCUGCAUCUGCGGCGUCGUUGGCUAGCAGGAGCUUGGCGUUUAAGAUGAGCGUGCUGUAUUUUGAUGUGCAGGGAAAUGCUAAUAUAAACAGAUCUUCCUUAAGAUUCCCAGCUGCAGCUAGAAGAAUGGACACACUCAAUGAUUUACUUGCGGCAAGUGACCUCAUAUCACUGCACUGUGCUCUUACGAAUGAUACAAUACAUAUCAUUAAUGCAGAUUGUUUGCAGCAUAUAAAGCCUGGGGCAUUUCUUGUAAAUACUGGGAGCAGCCAGCUGCUGGAUGAUUGUGCUGUGAAGCAACUUUUGAUUGACGGCACACUCGCAGGCUGUGCUCUGGAUGGUGCUGAAGGGCCGCAAUGGAUGGAAGCAUGGCUUCGCGAGAUGCCCAAUGUAUUAAUACUUCCACGGAGUGCGGACUACAGUGAAGAAGUAUGGACCGAGAUACGGGAGAAGGCGAUUUCCAUACUACAGCAGUUUUUCAUUGAUAAUAUCAUCCCCAAGGAUGCUGUGUCUGACGAAGAAGAGGAGGUGGAACAAGAGGCCGGGAGCGAGAAUAAUCAUGGCCACACACUGGCCCGUGAAACUUCAUUCCAAGAUUCAGUUGUUGAUAGGCUGAAUGAAGAAAUUCAGCCAGCAGCCGAAUGCUCUCAGAAGAAGCUCUUAAACCAGUCAAAGGGAAAUUCGUCCCACAAUCAAGACUCUGUUUUGUUACAAAGCACAUCAAACAGAUCUGAAACAAAGCGGAGCAGGUCGAGUAAGAAGGCAAAAAGAAGGCACGGCCGCCAAAAAUCCCAGAAUAAAGUGGACGCUUUUGAAAAAGGGAGCACUUCAUACAGAGAGGAAGAUGGGUCUCUGAGUGGCACAGAUCAAGUGUUGAGUUCAAGUUCGCGUUUUGCGUCCCCCGAAGAUUUAAGGAUCCGCAAAACGCCUGUUGAGUCGAGCAUCGAAAGUAGCAAGAAAUCGGUUGAGGUCCUGAAGGAUGGACAUAUUGUGGUUUUACUUGCAAGAGACGGUCCUACCCUACAUGUAUCAAAGCAGAGAGUUAAGGGAGGCGGCUGGUUCCUUGACACGGUGUCAAAUGUUUCGAAAAGAGAUCCUGCAGCGCAGUUCCUUGUUGUGUUUAGAAACAAGGAUACUGUUGGUUUUAGAUCGUUUACUGCUGGAGGAAAGUUAUUACAGAUAAAUAGGAGGAUGGAAUUUGUAUUUGCUAGUCAUAGUUUUGAUGUUUGGGAGAGUUGGACAGUUGAAGGUUCGUUGGACGAAUGCAGGCUGGUGAACUGCAGAAAUCCUCUAGCGGCGCUGGAUGUACGCAUUGAAAUCGUUGCAGCUCUAGGCGAAGAUGGUGUUACUCGUUGGCUUGAUUAG